AUGUCCGCAGCCGCUCCGUCGCCGUCCAGUGGCUGCCGACCGAAGCGACAGUCGUUCGCUCGGGUCCGAAGGCGAUCGCGUGCAGCAGCGCCAGCAGUCGGUGGUGCUCCCCCACCUCUCAGCGCUGACGGACACUCGAGGAAGCGACGCGUGGCCCGCACCAAUGGACCAGCAACGCGGACAAGAGGCGACGUCCCUCACGUUUUCACGAUGCAGCGCGCUCGCGUGGCUCUGGGCGCGUUCAUGCAGCAGCUUAGUGUGGACGUGUUCUUUGUGAUGAUUGUGCUGUGCCACGGGGCCGUUGCGGCCGUGCAGCUCACGAUGGCGGACGACACGUUGACGCUGUACAAAUUUGCAAUGGACGUGGCGGAGGUUACGCUGGGAUCGAUUUUGCUGCUGGAGAUUGCACUGCGCGUGUGUGCCUACGGACGGCACUGCAUGAGAGACGUGGGUGUGCAGGUGGACGCAGUGGUGAAUGUCGUUGGCGUUGUGCUGGGCGUUGUGGCUGUCGCGGGAACGACGUCGACGCUGAUGGUCAAGCUUUUGCGAGGGAGAGGAGUUGUACGAGUGUGGAGGGUCUUGGUCGUGCUUGACCGAGUGAAGCAGAGGUCAAGGUCGAUGAACCUCACGCACUUGCACAAGGGGGAUACCACGUCACCCGUAGAGCACGUGUUGAUGGUCCUGAACGAACUGCGAUUCCAUCCUGCGAUCCAGCCGUCGUUGAGAGCUGGACUGGACUUUGCUAUCGACGCGAUCAAAAACAACAGGUUGUACGAAGCGAAUGAGGAACUACUUGACGUGGAAGCAGUUGACAAGGACAGGCGAAAUUGGCGGCGUGGGGACACACUGGAAGGAAAUGACUUGAGCAUGGGAUUGCGUGAACGUGGGAUCGAGAACGAGUUAGGCAGUCCGACUCGAAAGCGUCUACGCUCAUUGACGGGAAGCUCGUGCUCGGACGUAGAUCCAUUAGACUACGAUGUCAGCUCUGGCAGUAGCGCCGCUGCACGAUCAAGGUCUGAGUCGCUCCACAGAUAUCACGAACAACACUCGCUUGUGUGUGGCAAUCGAGGCGCGACGAUGCGCGACUUUCUUCCAUCGUUAGACUCUGCUUCUGAGUUUGAAUUGCAAAACUUGCUGCAAGACGUGAACUCGUGGGACUUUGACGUUUUCCGGGUGCAUGUUGUUUCCGGUGGGAACGCGCUGUGCUGCAUUGGGUAUCACCUGCUUGGGAGCACGCCGUGUGAGGCACUGAACAUUGAGAGCGACGUGCUUGUGAAUUUUCUGCUAGAGAUCCAACGAGGCUACGUGUCCGCGAACCCGUAUCACAAUGCCAUUCACGCAGCUGAUGUCAUGCAGACUGUUCAUUUCUUCCUCAUUCAGCCCGAGCUCGCACCGUUUUUGCGUCCACUGGAUCGCGCGUUGUCGCUCAUUGCUGCAGGUGUGCAUGACUUCAUGCAUGACGGCUUCAACAAUAGUUUCCACAUUUCCACGGCAUCGGAGCUCGCGCUGCGCUACAACGACCACGCAGUGCUGGAAAACUACCACGUCGCACAAUCUUUCUUGGUCAUGAAAAAGUCGGAGCUCAACGUGUUUGGCCAACUCGCGCCGGAUGACUUCAAGUACGCGCGCGACAUGGUGAUUCAGAUGGUGUUGGCAACGGACAUGGCAAAGCAUUUUGAGGACGUGGCGCUGUUCAAGACCAGUAUCUUAUCGGCGGCGCUCGAUGAAAGUGCUGUACUGGUCAAGAACGUGGGCGACAAAAAGUUGCUUCUCAAGAUGAUUCUUCACACUUGCGACGUGUCGAAUCCAGCGAAAGAGCGGAAGUUGAUGCUGCGCUGGACUGAUCGCGUGGUGGAAGAGUUUUUCAUUCAGGGCGAUAUGGAAAAGCAGCUGGGACUCCCAGUGUCACCGUUCAUGGAUCGAGACACCAUCGUGCUCCGAAAGAUGCAGGUUGGCUUUGCAGAUUUCAUCGUGUCUCCGCUUUUUAGUAUCUGGGCUCAGAUCUUGGUCAAUGUAAACACCGGCCCAUAUCGCCUUCUGCUCUCGAACCGCGAGUUCUGGGCAUCGCUGCCCGACGACUUCGACCCACACUUGAUCAAGGACAUGAUCCGAGACCGGCGGCUGCGCGACACGUUGACACAACAUAUGACUUCAAGAGAGCAACUUUCGCCGCGUUCGCGUUGCAGCAUCCCGAACAUAGUGCUCGGGACAGCUGACCGUUGA